AAAAUGAAGCGCAAGAUACCUUUUUGUCUAGUUUAUGCAAAAAGAACCUGGAAUGGAAGAAAAUAACUGCAUUUAUUUCUGAUCUGAUCAGGACGGAAACUUCAAGCUUCACAGGACAGGCUAAUCUGUGAGAGGGAACCUGUGAGGCUCUCUCAGCAUUGAUGUCACAGGCACAGCAAGAACAUCAUGAGGAGGAGUCAGAUUUCACAAAGUACUGUAUAAGCAGUGCUCUAUGCUAACAGAGUAGACACUAAUCACACAAGGAUUCUGCAUGGGAUGUAAGCAGUAUGCUGAGGCUGAAGUGUCAAAAGGAUGAUGCAGAUUUAAACUCUGGUGUCUCAUGUGGCAGGUUGCAUUUGAGAUAGUGGAAGAUUAAAAAAAAAUCUGUGGCAUUUGAAAAGUAUGAUUAAUGAAGGCCAUCAUGUAUAUUGGCGGCACAUGCCAAAGCAAUGCACUUCCUGCCUUAAUGCGGCCGCCAGUCCCAGCUAUGCAGCCAGCCUUGGAUGUUAAACCAUUUCUUCCAUUCCCACUGGACUCUGCUGCUGCGGUCAGCUUAUUCCCCAAUUUUAAUGCGAUGGACCCAGUUCAGAAAGCAGUGAUAAAUCACACGUUUGGGGUUCCUCUUCCUCCAAGAAGAAAACAAGUAAUUUCAUGCAACAUCUGCCAACUAAGAUUUAAUUCUGAUAGCCAAGCCGGGGCACACUACAAAGGCACUAAACAUGCCAAGAAGCUCAAAGCACUGGAAGCCAUGAAAAAUAAGCAGAAAACUGUUACUGCCAAGGACAGCGUAAAGACCACCUUCACUUCCAUCACAACCACCACCAUCACUGCCAGCUCUGACAAAGCAGACACCACUCAAGGGACAGCAACAAUAUCGAAAGUGACAACGGUGGCAGCAAGUGAUAGUGUAACAACAGAAUCCAUUUCCAGGACAGAAAAAUCCUUCACAUCCAGCAGCUGUAACACAGCUCUUCCCAAGGAAACAGAAGAAGAGAAAGCGAAACGGUUACUUUACUGCUCCCUCUGCAAAGUGGCUGUCAACUCUGCCUCACAAUUGGAAGCGCACAACAGUGGAUCAAAGCACAAAACUAUGCUGGAAGCCCGAAAUGGCGGGGGUCCAAUUAAGGCAUUCCCUAGACCAGGCGUUAAAGGGAAAACAUCCACCAACAAAGGCAUUACUACCGGUCUGCAGAAUAAAACAUUUCACUGUGAAAUCUGUGACGUGCAUGUCAAUUCAGAAACACAACUCAAACAGCACAUAAGCAGCAGAAGACACAAGGAUAGAGCUGCAGGGAAACCUCCAAAACCCAAAUACAGUCCGUACAACAAGCUUCAAAGGGGUACCAAUGCACUUGCGGUAAGCGCAUGCAUAAAUGCGGUGAAGUUGGCCUUUCAGAAAGAACUCUCUAAACCUCUAGCUGCUCGCCUUUUACCAAACCCAUUUGCUGCAGCAGCCGCUGCUGCUGCUGCAGUGAAUUCACCAUUCGCUUUGCGCUCCAGCCCGGCAGCCACUCUAUUCCAAACAGCAGCCCUUCCUCCGGCUCUCCUUCGACCAGCUCCUGGACCUAUACGGGCAGCUCACACUCCGGUUCUAUUUGCUCCUUACUGACCUACCUGUGUACAGGAGGGAACAUUAGGAAAGUAAUAAUAAAAUACUGCAAUAAUUCAAACAGGGAACUAUGCAGUGAUAAUCAUGGAAUUAAAUAACAUGGAAAGAAACUUGCUUGUGCAGUAACCAACGUGGACUUUGAAUAGCUGCAUUUUUAUUCAGCAAAAAGAAGUAAAGCAAUUCUCCCAUAGGAAAAUCUAAUACACGGAUGUUAUGAGUAGUUUUUAGUGCUGUAGAAAUGUAUAGAGUCUGCAAACUACCCAUAACAAUCAGCCUUUUUACACAGUAUUUUCAUGUAAUGUUUCCAUGUCUUGUGAAUAGUCUAUAAAUGUGUGUCAGGGCAUUAAACUCAAGUCCUAUAUGUAUAUUUAAUUUCUCUCUGUAGGAUGAAACAAAAGAAAAUGGGACACUGUGACAAUUGUCUUCAUUAACUGUCAGCACAGUUCAGCAGCUUGCUGCUUUCUAUUUACCCAGCUAUAAACUUGUAAAUGGUGUCUUGUGAAUUUGUAGCUUUGUGCUGUAUAUCUCUGAUGUAAUAAUAUGUCUAAUCUGAUUUGCCAAUGUCAGAUGGAAUGGAAUAGCAGACAAACCAAUAUAAUUUUUAGGCAUCCUAGUGUAUCAUGUUCGGGAAGGUGUGUGACUGUCUUCAUGGAGUUGAUUAUGUAUUUAUUUUUAACUGCAGACAAAGCAAGGUAUUAAAAUGUACAGACAGUAUAAAAGCCACACACCUUCUUGUACUUCAUUUUAUAAAGCAGCUUCAUAAACUGUAGUUUUCCUUUUACACACAACUGAAUUGCAAUUGUGCUUAAUUCUAUUUGUCAGAGCUGAAAAAGUUGGCGUUAAUCUGAAUUAAUGAAUUGGAUUUUGCCCACUGGCUUGAGUUGAGGGAGGGGUGUGUUAGGUGGGUAGGAGGGGUCAUUUAUCAGUCCUUUCGGUUGAGCCAAAUGAAAUUAACUGUCCUUCGGGCACUUAAAUGCUACCCUUUGGCCUACCUCUGAAAUGGAAGACCCUAGAAGUGGAGGUCCGCCCACCAAAUCACAUGCCAACAGUUAUUCAUCCCUGCUAGUGCAAGUGGAGAGCAGUGCUAACUGGUGGCACUAUACCCAUCAGAGGUUCAGGAGGAUUGGGAAAUCUUAGCACAAAGGUUAGUGAGAGUGGGAGAAAUGUCAUGGGGGGGGCUCCUGACAGAUGGGGCUGCAUGAUCCCCCCAAACAGCUUCAGAAUGCAUGGCAAUAGAAUAAUCAUGGAAUCCCGACAGUGCAUUUCACACAGCGAGUCUGUACCCAACAAUCUGAAGAGCAUCACACCCAGACCCAGCCCUCCACUCUAUCCUUGCAUUUACCAUGGCUAACCCACUUAGCCUGGAUACUUAUAGGGCAAUUUAGCAUGAUCAAUACUCCUAACGUGUAUAUUUUUAACUCUGGGAAGAAACCGGACUACCCAGAGAAAACCCAAACUGGCACCGGGAGAAAUAGCAAAAUCCACACGGCCAAUCACCCAAGGGUGGAAUCAGACCCAGGGUCCAUGGUGCUGUGAGGCAGCAGUGCUAACCACAGUACACCAUGCUACCUAGAGGAAGGAUGAACUUCCCCUGAGAGAUCACUAGCACACAUAGUUUGCUGGAUGAUCUUCAAGUGCAAGGAAAGUCAUGCAGAUCCCAUUAAAUCAAUAACACAUCAUUAAAAUGCAGUGGUCUCCACCAUAAUGGUUAUUAAUUGGCUCAUAAAUGACAUUCUAUCACCAGCAGCUGAGGGAAUCUACCAUGAGCCCCUGGCACCCUGCAAGUUCAUCAGGGAUGGUUCUCAUACCAGACAGAGACUGGAGUGGCUUUGCCUCCCUAUGAGUCUCAGCACACUGUGUGGCAUUAAAUCUAGCCUGAUAUUCCCAUUCAACUGAAUUGUUGCACUGAGUAAAGUAAAAUGAAAGAAAAAUUUCAAAACCUAUACUGGGUGUUCAGUUUACUUUUUUUAAGAAAGAUUCUUUCUCUUCAACUGUAGUUGCAACCAGUUUAAAUGAAUUCCAGAUGCGUGAUGAAGCCAUUUCAUUAUGGCUUCAUAUUGAAGUUUUAAUGUUUUCUCUCAUAACUCAUCUGUAUAAUUUAUUUGGCUUAAAUGUUGUUUCUCACUAUUUGGAUGUUAAGUUUACGAUACAGCCAUGCAAUGUCAUAUGCUUCCGAGGAAGGUCUUUAGGAGAUUGGUUUGACUUUUUUUUUGUUUAGCUUCUUUGCAUUUUGUUUCAUUCCAGCUUCAACAGACUGAAACAUAAAUGUUCACAGCACAACAAAGCUGGGGAGUCAUUUUGUACAUUCUAGCUGUUAAAGCCUGCAGCUUUAUUGCAGACUAUUAGUAGUUUAGCCAAAUGUAAAUUGUGACAAGAAAAUGAUGUUUCCAUGUACAGUAAUGUCAAUAAAUGCUUUCCCAACCUUGUAUGUAUCUUUAGUGAUUACAAAAAUCAAAUGAAACUGAUAGCUC